CAUUCCAAUAUUAGUCACGUCACUCGGUAAUUUUAAAGUAUAUUCUCGAUUUUUUCACAAGAAACCUAGAAAUUUAUGUUGUAGUUGUUUUUGUUGUUAGUAGUUGUUUAUAUAUAUUUCAUGAAGAAAAUUACUGUUGAAAUUAUAAAUCGAAAUAUCGAUAUUUUAAUUUAAUCGAAUAAAUAAUUGGCUGGUAGCAAUAUCACGAUUCCGUAUUUCGAUUCAAUACAUCGCUAAAAUUAAUAUUAGUUCCAGCAAAGUGAAGGGACAGUGUUUUUAAGAGUGUUAUUUCAAGUUCUGAGUUUAUAUACUUACCAAUUUUAAGGAUGAUGUUAUCAAGGGUAGUAAGAAAUUCGCUGAAUAAUCUGCCGAAGGCAUGUUACUCUACUGAACCCGUAGGACCACCCAAGAAUGUACUUAUAGAACAAACUAUCAAAUCUCAUGAGAAAUAUACUAAUGGAAUAAUUCAUGACAAAAAACCGAUAAAAGUUUUACUAAAAGCAGACAAAACCUAUUGGUGGUGUCUCUGUGGACACAGCAGUAACCAACCAUAUUGUAAUGGAAGCCACUUGAAUAUUUUCAAAUGGAUUAAACAGAGGCCUUUGAAAUUCAGGGUACCCGAAACUAAGGAAUAUUCACUCUGCGUUUGCAAACAGACAAAUAACCGUCCAUUCUGUGAUGGUGCUCACAGAAAACCGGAAGUACAACAAGCUAAAUCUGUCGUUGAGCAAAAGCAAGAGAAGAAUAAAUGAAGUUUUUAAAUCAUUUUUAAGGUUUAGAAGUCACCUAUGUAGGUUAUCGUAUUUUUACCAUGUCUCUGUCUAGAAGAUGUUUAUAUGUGUUUUUUACAUAUUUUAUAUAGGUAAAAAUAUCUUUUUUAAAACUGAAGUGCCUAAUCUAGUCGCUGUUAAGUAUUCUAAAUACACAUUUUUUUAUACAUAUGUUUUGUAAUAAAUUCUUCAUUUUUUAUUAUAAUAUUCAUAAGUUCAUAAAACGGGUAUUGCAUUGUCAUGUAACUAAUUCCGAAUGGUACAUAAACAUAUUAUUUGCUUCUAGACACAGAUUUUUAUAUGUGCUUGUUAUAUAAUGAUUAUGUAAAUCGAUUCAAUUUUAAUUUUUUUUAUGGUAAAAUAGAGCCCAGCUACAUAAAACAGCAUAGAUUUGGUACACGACGUUUGAAUUCGUAAACCGCUAGAUACAAGUUAGUUCAUCACCAACCGGUAUUUGUGGCUGUUCGUUCUGGCCGCAAAUGAAAAUGGCAGCCUGUUUCCCACGACGAGACAUAUGUCGAAAAAACUGAUGAAAUACACGCAUGUAAGUUUCUUCAUACUACUGUAGAAACCCUGACUUAGCGCGGUGCAAUAGUGCAAUGUAUCUGGUUGGAAAAACCUCGCCAGAAGAAAUUUCCGGAAAAUCCAUACCGAAAAACCUACAAGGAGACCUUAACUACGAGCGGUGCAGUAAUGCCAGAUAUCGGGCUGGUUGGAAAACCUCCCUUGCCAGUAGCAAUUGGAAGUUAGUAAGUAAAAAUUAAUACGAAAAAAAUAUAUGAUACACGCGUGAAAAUUUUUUAUACGCUUUUAGGGACUUCAACUAAGAGCGGCGAAAUAGUACCAGCAGGUCGGAAAACCUUCGGAAAAAUUCGAGCAAUGUCGAUGUAGAUGUCAAAUCAAAAGUAAUCAAAGUCCUUACAUUCGAAAGCUUUUUUCAUGAUGCCAUUCAAAAAAUCUUUUUACUACCCCACAUAAAAAAAUCACCUUGAUACGAUAAAAACUAGCUGGCGGGCCACCAAUCUUCCUUCAGUGCGAUAACGCGCCCACGUUUGUACAUCCAGCGCGUCUAUUUAAAUUUCAAAUGCUGAUAAAUCUAUAUACGUUCAAAUAAAUACAUUUUUUACUUUAGUAUUAAAAAAUGUAGAUUAUGUUUAUAGAAAUGAAAUAAAUGAUUAUAUAUAAUACAUAAUGAAAAUACCAAGCGAGUUUUCAACGUAUCAAAGUUAUUUUUUUUAUUUGGGGUAGCAAAACGAAUCAUUUCGAAUGCAAAGAAGUAAAAGCGUAUAAGAAAAUUUUCACGCGUGUAUCAUAUCAUUUUUUUUUUGGUAUGAUUUUUCCGAAUUUUCAUUCACUUCUGGCCCGAUUUCAGACAGACUUUGAAUCGCUUCUGGCAAGGGUUUUCCAACCAGAUACAUUUCUAGUACUAUUGCACCACGUUGAGGUUUCUACUGUAAUAUGAAAAAACUUCUUGUACUCUAUCAGUUUUUCCGGCAUAUUUCUCGUGGUAUGGCUGACAUUUCAUUUGCGGCCAGAAUGAACAGUUAGAAAUACCGUUUGGUGAUGAACUGACUUUUAUUUAGCGAAUGCUGUUUUAUGUAGUUAGCUCUCUAUCGAUAUAAGUUACAGUUUACAGUUAAAUUAAAUCAACUUUAUUCACAAAUUAAAUUAAAUUUGUUGCUUUGAUUUGACAAUUUAUUUUAACCACUCCAAUAAAUCUAUAAGUAAUUUGAAUUUUAAAAAAAUGUAUCUGAAAUAAA